UCCAGCGAUGCGGGAUACCAUCUAGGGCAACCUCGUUGCGAGUGCAACAAGAGGGGAGUAUGGAGCUCUAGUACUUCUCACGUUCCAUACUACCGAAUUGCGAUAACAUCACGGGUUUGUUUCGCCAUGUCUUCUACCACCAGCAAGCGUCGCUCGAUCAUUCCCCCCGUCUCCAGCUCAGGGCCCCAAGCUCCUCUCAAUGCGUCUUCCUCCUCCAAGAUCUCCGACAAUAGCAUAUUGACCGGCAGCCACUCGAUCACAGUUCAGUCCGAAACGAUCAUCCAUCCGCGAGCCAAGCUAGAGUCAAUGAGCGGGAGCAUCUACGUCGGAAGAAGGUGCAUCAUCCACGAGCGUACACAUAUCGGCCUCAGCGACGGCGACGAGGGCAGCGGAGGGGUAACAUUGGGGGACUACGUCACCGUUGAGGUCGGCACGGUGAUCGAGGCCGGCGGUACAGAUAUUGGCGACGGCACUGUGGUCGGCGUCCGAUCUCGAAUCGGCAGUGGUGCCGUCAUUGGCAAAAACUGCACCAUCACACCACAGACGGUGAUCAGGGCCGGCGAGAAGAUCCCAGACUUCACAGUGGUGUUUUCAAACGGGCGCCGCCGAACAGACAAGCGGGAUGUCGUCGAUCUGAAGCACAGGGCGCAGGCAAAGCAGGUCGAUGUAUUGCGGAAACUGAUUCCGACGAACCCUCUGCGACGUCAAGCGGCAGCUGAGUAGCAACCGCAACUGCCGUCGGAAACGAGAACAGAAGUUUGAUCUUACUUGCCCU